AUGUCAACACUAGGUCCUGGAGAAGAGAAGAGGUUCCGGGGUAGAGGCGGAGAUUUCAUCAUGGGCAUUUCUUGGAGAUUUCCCAUCGAGGAAUGCCGAAAAGGACUUAGGUCAGUUUUUACCAAAAAGGCCAAGGCUAUUGAAGAACUUGUAGACAACAAUGCUGAUUUGAGGAUUAUUUUACCAAAAUAUAAUUCAUUCAAGGAGUUUCAUGAAAAAUUACAGAAAGUAAAUGAAAAAGUGUUAAGCAAGUUGAUAGAAAAUGAGAAUGCUAAUGAAGAGGACAUUGAAAAGGAGAUGACAACAGCUUCUGAAUACAAUGAGAAGUAUCAUGAGAUAACUAUAGAUGAACGGGUUGAGAUAGUCAAGAAAAAAGGAGCAUGUCUAAGAUGUUUAAGAAAAGGUCAUUUAGCAAGUAAAUGUAGGUUACAAGUUAAGUGUAUUUUCUGCAAAGGUAACCACUUAACUGUCCUAUGCAAGAAAGUGCAGACUAAUGAUGAAAAGUCAGAAGUAUUCAACAAAAAGGAGCCCGAACAGAAUAGCACUAAUUCUGUAACAACAACAGAAAAUAAGGUUACUUAUUUACAGACCCUUUCAGCUAACAUUUUAGGUCCGAAUAACGCAAAGAAAAGGAUAAGAAUACUGUGUGAUUCAGGAUCUCAGAAGAGUUUUGUAACUGAAGAAUGUGCAAGACAACUAGGUCUCAAACCUAAAGGAAGUGUUUUGAUCCAACAAGAAGUUCUUGGAGGAAGGAAAAUGAAGCCAAGACAACAUGCAUUUUAUACCCUUGCUCUGGAAUCCUUGAGUUCAGACUACAGAAUGAGUCUUAAUGUAUUGGAGCAGCCUACCAUUUGUAGUCAAGUUCCUCAACUGACAGACCAAAAUCUUAUUGAUGCAUUGAAGAAGCAAAACAUCAUUUUAACUGACAUUCCAACAGCAACAAAUACAGAUCAUACAAACAUCGAUGUGUUGAUUGGAGCUGAUGCCUGGACCAAUAUCAUCACGAACGAGUUCUUGAAAGUAAGCGAUCAGUUGGUAGCAAUAAGGACCCAGCUUGGUUGGACUGUUGUUGGCACAUCAAAUAGAAAAUCAUCAUUCGUUUCAACGAUGUUUGCAUCCACCUUAACAUCUGACAUAGGAAACUUUUGGGACGUUGAACCAUUAGGUAUCGCUGACCCCAUCCAACAGCUUAAUAAAAAAGAAAAGGAUGCAAAAGUACUUGAACAUUCAAAAAGAACAGUCAACUGGGAAAUUGAUGGGCGUUAUGUUGUGAAGCUUCCAUGGAUAUACCCACCUUUAAAAACGAAUCGCCAUGCAGCAGAAAAACGGCUACAGACAACCGCACCACCCAAUGGUUUAGUUUCUAAGAUGAUAUUGCAAAAGACUUGGACUUUGAAACAUAGCAAGAGACGAAUGACAGAAUAA